AUGUUCAACAUCAGCCGGUUAUAUUGGAUUCAGGGCAACGCGGCAGCAGCCGAGGCAAUGUACCAGCAAGUGCUGACUGGUCAAGAAAAAGCUUCCAGUGCCGACCAUGCCUCUACUAUACAUACCGCUCACCACCUCCGUAACUUCUACUCUGCACAAGGCAAGUUUUCAGAGGCUGGAGAUGACCCUGGAAUCUGCGCAUACCCUUGCCGUCAACAGGACAAUCUAGCAGAGGCAGAAGCUUUAUUCAAGCGCGUACUGUCUGGGAGGAAGAAGACCCUAGGUGCCGGUAUCGCGCCCGUGCUCGCCGUGUUGAACAAUCCCGCCAAUAUCUACAGACACCAAGGCAAGCAGAAGGAAGCAGAAGACAUCUAUUACUCGGUCUCGAGUGGCUUUACAGCCAUAAGCCCCGGCCAUCCCUCGGCGCUCGGGGCCAUGAACAAUCUCGGCGUCAUUUAUCAAGACCCAGGCAAAUAUAAGAUGGCCGAGCGAGUCCUCCAGCAGGUGCUGAUCGACUACGAGAAACGGUUCAAUCGAAACCAUAUUUCCACUCUGGAUACGGCGUGUAACCUUGGAGACCUCUACCGGGUCCAGCGGAAGGAACAAAAGGCAAGAGAGAUAUACCAGCAGGCACAUGCAGGCUUCGAAAAGACACUGAGUCCUGAUCAUCCUAAGACUCGAGAGACGGUGGAUAAAUUAGAGCCUUUAUCAAAGUCUCCGAGGUCUCGCGCGCGCGAAGGAAUAUUUGAGUUUCUCCAUGGAAGUUGA